AUGCGCCCCAGAUCCGCGCUGGCUCUACUACUCAGCUUGGGGACAGCAGCAAACAAGAUCCCCUCCGGCGUCACGGAUGGUCCCCCGCCGCUACAGGCGACCAAAACGCCCGUUGCGGCCGUGAAUACCGGACCGGCGAGCACAUGUACUGGGAACGAAUGCGUCUUGGUCUCCACCGUCUUCCCCACAAUCACGAAAAUCAUAGACACAGAGCCGUCUUCCGCAGCACGCGGAAUGGUUAUUUCUUCGUGUGGACAGACGGUGGGCGUCAAGGGCGCUUGUCCGGUGGGAUGUGUCAGGUCGGGACAGGCGGGUUUGGUGGGUGUGGGUUCGUUUUUCUGCGUGGCGUCUACGAUUGCUACGGUUGUUGAGAGUACGACUGGUGGUGCUGCUGUUGCGAGUUCGCGUUCGACUUCGACUUUGACUUCGGAAAGCUCUAUUACCGACACUGUCACAGGGGCACGGAGUACAUAUACCACUAGUACGGAGGUCCAGUUGAUUACAAGGCCGUCUAUCACGGAUGGUCACACUCCUGUCGUAACUCUGACUACCGUCCCAAGCCCAAGCACCACAGACUUGGCCCCAUCUUCAAUUGGAUCCCCAGAGGCCCCAGGACACACCUCAAACAAGAACAUCGGCAAACCAGCUCUCAUCGCCCUCGGAGUCAUUCUUGCUGUGAUCCUCAUUGCGGCCGCCAGCUUCUUCCUGUGGAAGAGACACCUCCACCAGAAAAAGCAAGCCACCCUUCCCGCAACAAACCCCAACGGAGGAGCAGGUCCCUUCAUCCCCUUGAAAGACCUCUCGCACAGCUCCAUCUCCCCUCCGGCGUCGUCGACUCCCUCUCUCCCGCGUGUGAUCGGCGACAGCAGCCAACCCUAUCCCGACGCCAUCCAGAACCAUCGGACCCAACAGUAUCUAGCCGCGCUGGGUUUCACCACGCACGCGGAAGAUAGCAACGGGAUGAUCCCGUUUGCGAACUCCAGCGAUGGCCGGACCCACACGCCUGUCCAACCGACGGGAAUUCGCACCGGGAAGCCGGGAAGAGGCGCGUGGCUGAGGGCGUCUGGGACUCAGGGCAUUCCGGAGGAGGUCGAGGCGAGGGCGUGGCAGAGGGGAGCCGGUUAG